AAUCUCUCACUGCCAUUGAUCGAGUGGUGCGAGGGAGAUAACGAGCGGGAGAGAGCAACGGGGAGAAGAGAUAAACGAGCGAUGGAGAGAGACGGAGGGGGAUGAGGUGGAGGGAAACGGUAUUUAAUGUGAAGAUAUAUGUCCCGUUGACAUAAGCCUGCAGCUAUUGGGAGGGCGAGAGAGAGAGACGAGGGGGGGGGCGAGCGAGCUGUCGAGAUUGUACACAGCGAGAGAGAUGGAGAGAGGCACAGAGACAUCGACAAACACAGAAUAGAGGUUAGAGAAAUACACGGGGGCGAGAUAGGGACACAGAAAGGUAGAGAUAUACACACGUGGAGACAGAGUCGGAGAUACACAGAGUAUAGGUGGGGGGGGGGGGGGGAAGAUACGAGAGCAAAACCCAGGGAGAGGGAGGCGGCUAUAGAGAGAGGGAGGAAGCGGGGAGGGAGGGAGGUGCACAGGCGCACACAGAGAGGAGCUUACAGGGAGAGACGGCUGCGCAUGGAGGGGGUGGAGAGAGAUGCGGUCUCGAUGUCGGACGGACUGCUGCUGCUGCUGUUGUAAUAUCGGCAGCAUUGACGCGCUGGCGUGAGGACGAGACGGGCACGUCAGAGCGGAGAGAAAUAGAGAGAGGUUGGAGACGAUGGCCUGGAUCUUCAGAUUCAUGUCGUGUUUUGCUGGCCUCUGUUUUGCCGCCGGGGCUUCUCCGGGCAGCGUGCAGAUCGGUGGGCUGUUCACGCGGCAAUCGGACCAGGAGCACAGCGCGUUCCGAUUCGGGAUUCUUCAGCACAACUCAAACUUGAAUGAGUCCGAUGUUCCUUUCGGACUCACGGUGUACACGGAUACCAUCGACUUGCCCAACAGCUUCACCUUCACCAAAGCCUUUUGUUCGCAGUUUUCUCGCGGUGUCUUCGCCAUGUUUUCUGUGCUCGACCGCCGUUCCGCCAGCUCCCUCACGUCGUUUUGCGCCGCUCUGCACGUCUCCAUGGUGACGCCCAGUGCUCCACAGGAGCCUCCAUCCCCGUUCCUGAUUGAGCUGCAGCCGCCGCUUGGGUGGCCACUCCUGCACCUUAUCGACAGAUACGCGUGGGGCAAGUUCGUGUACUUGUACGACACGGACCGGGGCCUGUGGCUGCUGCAGUCUGUGGUGCAGGAGGCAACGCGCCGGGGCUGGGCUAUGAUGGCUCUGUCCAUUGAGGGCCUGGGUGAUGAGGCUCUGCGGCAGCUCCUGCGUGAUCUGGCCGUGCGCGGGGAACGUAACAUCGUGCUGGACUGCGAGGCCCACAGGGUGGCGUCGACACUAUCGCAGGUGGUGAAUGUGGGAAACCACGUAAAGGGAUUUCACUACAUCAUCGCCAAUUUGGGCUUCCUGGACGUGGACCUGGACGUGUUCCGCUAUGGAGGGGCCAACGUGUCAGGGUUCCAGAUGGUGGACCGUAUGGCGCCGCAAGUCAUUGCAUUUCUGGACAAGUGGCACAAGCAGAGCCCACACGUGUACCCGGGCUCUGACAGCCUCCAUUUCAAGUCCACGUCGGCGCUGGCGUACGACGGCGUGUUCGUCAUCUCGCAGGCGUUCCGAGCACUCUACAAGCAGCGCUUCGAUCUCCACCGUGAGGGCAACACCGGCGACUGCCUCGCCAACCCCGCCGUGCCUUGGGGGAAGGGCGUCGACAUCCAGCGCGCGCUCAAGAAUGUUCAUAUCAAUGGCCUCACCAACAAUAUUCAGUUUAAUGAGCUGGGUCAGAGGUCGAACUACACUCUUGGAGUCAUGGAGCUGAGGCCCACCGGACCCACAAAGGUGGGAUACUGGUCAGACACCAAGCACCUGGUGAUGACAGGACUCGGGGAGGAUGGAAUAAAUAGCUCUCUACAUCAAAACAAAACGGUCAUCGUAACUACGAUCCUGGACGCCCCGUACUUCAUGUACCGCAAGAACUACGAGCAGCUGACGGGUAACGAUCGCUUCGAGGGAUACUGCGCGGACCUGGGCGAAGAGAUCGCACGUCACGUCGGCUUCAACUACCGCUGGAAACUCGUGCCGGACGGCGCCUAUGGGUCCCGCGACACGGAAACCAAGAUCUGGAAUGGCAUGGUUGGCGAGCUGGUGUACGGGAAGGCAGACAUCGCCAUUGCCCCGCUGACCAUCUCGCUGGUGCGCGAGGAGGUCAUCGACUUCUCCAAGCCGUUCAUGAGCCUGGGGAUCUCCAUCAUGAUCAAGAAGCCGCAGAAGUCUAAGCCUGGGGUGUUUUCGUUCCUCGACCCACUCGCCUACGAGAUCUGGAUGUGCAUCGUGUUCGCCUAUAUCGGCGUGAGCGUUGUGCUCUUCCUUGUCAGCCGUUUCAGCCCCUACGAGUGGCAGAAGGCAGCCGCGGGGCCCGGGGAGCUCCCACCUCCUCCGCCACUUGGGCCUGAAGGUCCCCCCGAGCCUAACGACUUCAGCAUCCUCAACAGCUUGUGGUUCUCCCUGGGGGCCUUCAUGCAGCAGGGCUGUGACAUUUCGCCCCGGUCCCUGUCUGGCCGCAUCGUGGGUGGCGUCUGGUGGUUCUUCACACUCAUCAUCAUCUCGUCGUACACGGCCAACCUGGCUGCCUUCCUGACUGUUGAGCGCAUGGUGUCGCCCAUCGAGAGCGCCGAUGACCUGGCCAAGCAGUCGGAGAUUUCGUACGGAACCCUCGACUCUGGCUCCACGAAGGAGUUCUUCGGGCGCUCCAAGAUUUCUGUGUACGAGACAAUGUGGCACUACAUGCGCGCUGCGGAGCCGUCCGUUUUUGUGAAGAAGACCGGGGAGGGGGUGGCGCGUGUGCGCAGAUCUAAGGGCAAGUACGCGUACCUGCUCGAGUCCACGACCAAUGAGUACAUCGAGCAGCGCAAGCCGUGCGACACCAUGAAGGUUGGCGGCAACCUCGACUCCAAGGGCUAUGGAAUCGGCACCCCGAAGCGAUCGUUUCUCCGGAGUGCCGUGAACCUGGCUGUGCUAAAGCUCAACGAGCAGGGCCUCCUGGACAAACUAAAGAACAAGUGGUGGUUUGAUAAGGGCGAGUGCGGGAGCGGGGGCGGGGACUCAAAGGACAAGACCAGCGCUCUGAGCCUGAGCAACGUGGCCGGCGUCUUCUACAUCCUCGUCGGGGGCCUUGGCCUUGCCAUGCUCGUGGCGCUUGUGGAGUUCUGCUGCAAAUCCCGCGCCGAGGCCCGCAGAUACCAGGUCAGCUUUGCGGAGGCCUUGCGGAACAAGGCGCGCCACUCAAUCACCGGCAGUGUUGGUGGCGGGGAGGCCGCGCGCUUCAUGCCAGGGGGGGGGAUGUGCCCCCCUGAGCUGCCCCCAAAACUGGCGCUCGUGCACCCCCAGCCCCUGCCGCCCCCCGCCUCCCCACCACCCUUCACAUCCCCCGGCUCCCUACAUACGUCCAUCAGUGCUCAGCAGCAGCAUCAGUCACAGCAGCAGCAUCAGUCACAGCAGCAGCAUCAGUCACAGCAGCAGAUGGACUGAAUAGGAGGCAGAGGAGCUGCAGUGACAGCAGCUGGAGCCGGGGGUUGGGGGGAGGGAGGAGGCAUUAUGGCAGCAUCAGAAGUGGCAGGACCAGCUAGUGUUGAACGAGUACCUGUGGAAUUGGCUGCUACAGCAGGUACAGGAGAGGUUGCAAUAUGUGUAUCAGCUCCAUCAUCAGCAGCAGCAGGACUGACAGUGGUUGGAUGUAGUAGCGGUGGCAUCGGUAGCAUAAGUUGGGUCACAAGGUGGUGGAGGAGGAGAUGUCGAAUCAGUGGUGACAACAGCAGGAAUAGCAGAAGAAUUGGAAGCAUUGGUGUAGCAGGAGCAGUUGGAAAAGAAUACGAUCAAAGCAAUAGGAGUGUCUGGAACAGUAUAAACAUUGACAGAGUAGCAAAACUUACAGGAGUUCUAAUUACACCAACAACUACAGCAGGCAUAUCAGCAAGCAGCAGGAGCUGCAGGACCAAUGGGAGAGAGAGAAGUUGUACUCAUAUCAGCUGAUGCACUGAGAAGUGGAGGAACAGGAGAAGGAGGAAAUGUUGGACAAGUAUACAGAAAACAAGCAGGAGGUAGUGGGGAUAUUGCAAAGGGAGGUAUACUGACAACAGUGGGACUUAAAAGGAGCAGUGGCAUCUGAAUAUAUGGCGGAAUUGUGAGUGCGGGUAAAUCUGCAGUAGUAGCGGCAUGUGUAAGAGGAUAACAGUAAAAGCUUUGACAGCAACAUUGGAUGCAUUCUCGGGUGGCAAUAGCAGCAGAUGGAUGAGGAGGGGUUGCAGCAGGUAUUCUCAGCAACAGGCUAAUAGCAACAACAGCAACUGUUGGCCGAAAUACAAUUAUUUGCAUUGGUGGCUGUUGCAGCCACUGCAAUAAAUGGAAUAACAGCAGCAGAGUCAGGAGCGAUAGACAGAGGGUCCCAAACCCAACAUGGACUUCAAGGAGUAGAAGAUGAGAGAGGGAUCUCUGUUUAACACAAACGAACGAGAGGGGCUUCAGAAAGGGAACAAGUGAUGGGAGCAGAACUCCUGAUCGAACUGAGAUGGUACAUAAGAGAGAAACACAGGGAAAAAAAGGACUCUAAGCCAUCUGAAGAACCUAGAGUGCAGACUGAGGCUUAGGGAAUGCACGAUUUGCAGAGAAAGAGCACAUUCCUGCACCACCAGGCGACCUAAAAUUAGUAAGUAAGUCAGAGGGCAUGAGAGUGGAGCACUUGCUGUUCAAUCAGGAGGGAAAACAAGGGCGAGGUGAACCAUCCUGUUCUCAUCAUUUGAUGCCAUCCCCUUGGAUUCGAUUUUGUCCAGGGGGUUGCUCAUCCAAAUGUUGACAUACCCUGGUAUGUCUCACCCCGCACCUUGUGUUGUAAAAGCCACGGGUGGGAAGGGUUUUUUUUUUACGAAAGGCAUCGCCGAAACUAAAAUUGGUUACCCAGGUGCCGCACGAGUAAUUUUGUUUUUAAUUGGCCACGUGUUCAACAGAUGUCGAGUGGAUGGAGCAUUGUUUCUGAACAAUGUAUUGACUUAAAUUAAUGGAUCUGGGAAGUCGAUCCUUGCAGAUUCGAAUGGAUCAUGAACACUGCCGUGAUUCGAUUGUGUGUGUGAAUGUAGAAUGUUGGUAGACUUUCUUCUACAGGAUGCGCCAUGCAUUGGAGAGGCCGGCCCUCUGACUGCUGUGUCACAUUGAGACUGCCACGCAACCACACUACCAUUUGUUGUGACACUGUCCUGUGUGCAAAUUUGUUUAUCAUAUUUGUAUGAGUUAAAAACAAAAGUAUCAACCAUUUUCUUCUUUCGGCUUUAUUGUCAUAGGAUUAGUUGAAUAAAUUACAAAUUUGCCACUGGCUAAUAGACACAGAGUUAAGCUCUUUGAUUCAUUGCGGAUUCGUCCAAUAAAACAUGCAUGCAUUGUAUUGUGGAGUUUACCACAAGUUAUGUCUUGAGACUUAACUGCUAUCCUGCUUUUCUUAUCUGAUACAAAGCCCUGUCUCUAAAACAGAGCUAAUAUUUUCUUAGGGUGUCUUUGCUUGUCUCACAAUAUUUAUAAGUUCCACCAAAUUCUAUAAUUUAUCAUUCCUGAAAAUUUUUUUAAAUGUGUUUUAAAUGUAUAACACUACUACUGGAAAUUGUUUUCAAUAUGGAGAACUUUCAAUGCGUUAACAGCUCUAUCAGAAUCUCCAGUGCUAAGUGUAGGCAAUAUUUGAUCCGUUGCCUGCACUCAUUGCGGACCACUCGAACUCACCGUGUCUCACACGAGUUGGCUGUAGGUGAGCUGUAAACAUCCGCUGAUCCUUCAAAUGCCACCUUAGGCAUUAAGUACAACCUCCACCAAUUACAGUGUUACCCAGUUGGGGUUGCAUCACUCCCCUACUGUCACACUAAGGCAUGUUUUGCAAGCCAGAUGCUUAGUUCACCAUAUGCCCCCAGGCACAGCUGCCAAUGGUGGUUCCGUUUCAAAAUGUUCUUCAUGAGAUCUGAUUUUACAAUGCUGAGAUGCCUUGGCACAUAGGGCGCUUUAUCAUAGGCGGCUAUAUCAGAGGGCGUGAUAUCAAAAGCAUUUUUACUGUUGCAGUUACAUUGUUACACGACUUCAGUAUCCUCUUUGGCCAUGUUGAUUCGCGAGCGAUUCACUCUGUGCCUAUCUGCCAAAUCGGCCCUCGGAAAUGGGCUCAACUGGACCAAGCGUGACACCAAGUUCUCGUUCUUUUCUAGUCUAACUCGUCCUAAAUCGUUUUCUUCAGACACCAGAGUUAUGAAGGCGUGUGGGCCUUGGUUGAUGUACUCAUGAUAUUGUUUAACUCGCUCGAAUGUCUUCUUCGUUUGCUGCAUCUACGUCUUGUCAAUGUAAGAUUGAAAUGACGAAGGAAAAUGACAAUGGCAAGCAAAGUGUCUUUUUUUCAUUUGUUGGAGAUUGUGACUUUUUAAGGCUUAUGAUAAUUAAAUAUAAUGUGAUACUUUGUGUUUCAUGAAUUGGACCAAAAAUGAAGAUCCUGAACUCCUAUAGGUCUACGCAGCUUGAAAUGUCACCAAAAUUGGCUGAAUCUGAAAUGUUUACCUGCUCUUGGUCAACUCAACAUCAGCUCCGUCUGAAAUUACCACAAAGUAAAAAACCUUCCCUUGGUCAACUCAACUGGAUUUGAUCGCCUGUCAACCAAUGCAUACUUGGCUCAGCUUAUUGAUUGGUAAUCACUGCACAAUGGUUAUCAUUUUUGAUAAUUUGUUUACCAAUAAGGGUCAAUAGUUAAGUAAAAUGAAUGUUUAAAAACAGCACACUGAACUAAGAAGCUCCAGCGAAUGCCUGCGAGGAGAUUGUUGCUGAUGUUUUCUGAAGAGAUGCUGGGAAAAAAAUGUUAUUGCAAAAAAUGAAAUAUUUGGAGCCAUACAUGGCGUGGGCCACUUACCGCGCGAAGCGCAAAACCUGUGCCAUUUGGAGCUGGAGCUGAAGUGGAAGUGGACACAAUGUAUCAUAAGCAACAAGAGUGUGGCAUAUGACCAGCAUAUGGAUGGAUCCUCCAUGAGCCCUUCAAGUUAAACAUCCAGCUCAAAGUGCGCUACAUUACCCACUGUUGUGCGAGGCUCUUUGGCUCUGAGACCACAAGUCUAUUUUGCAGGAUCGGGGGAUUGUCGAAAGAGUCCUGGCUAUCAGCUUUGUAAUUUUGACACUCAGCUCCAGGAAACCGUAUUUAUGAAUUGGAGUUUUUAGAUUUGGUUCCAAGAGACUGGAUUUCGGUUGAAUAUCUUGGAGAUUGGCUCCAGGAGACUGGGUUUGUGGAUCACAGUCUUGAGAUAUCUCCAGGAGAUUCGGUUUCAUUGUCUUAAGUUUUUUUUUUGACCGGUUUUAAGAACAAGCAGAAUCACUAGUUUUGUUUUUACUGUCUUAAAAAGGAAAGCACAACCCAAAAAACUGCUUCAUUUUGUUUAAGAUCAAAUGACAAUAGCCAUUUACAGUAACGUGAACAUUUGUUUAUCUGAAUACACAACUGAAGAUUUACGAAUUCUAAUCCAGCUCCACCUAAAAUUCUGGAUUUUUGAAUGUCCAGUUUUCCUGAGCAUCCCCACUUAGCACGUGCAUCCCGAUGUAACCACUCGGAGGCUUUGACAUAAUUAAUGGCGGCAAAUGUAUACUGGGAGACUUAUUGUUGCCAUGAAUUGAUAAAGUCUGAUGCCUCAAUGUGCAAAAUGAGUGGGUUUAAAUUUAAGAAAGAAUGUGUAAAUGUAUCGGACACGUGUAUUGAUUUCCCUGAUUUCUGCACAGACGCCCCAUCACUCUGUAAUGCAUAAAUCAUGCUGACAUGGCAUAACAUUUUAAGAUUCAGGCUUCAACCUUAAAAAUUUACUCAAAAAGGAUGUACUUUAUAAAUAAAUGAUACAAAUGUGCGUUGGAUGAGCCAGGAUACACACCGCCUUAAGUGGUGUCUGCAAUAAUCAACCGUGCUUUGGGUUGUGCCUUCCUUUCAUUCAGCCUGUUCGCUGAGCCGUCAUCAUCAACCAAGUUAUUUGAAUAGCUUGUCCAAUACAUUGGUGAUAUUGAUUACACAUUGUUGUCAGACCUAUUUGUGCAGAUUGUGAGAAUAUAAUUUAGGAUUGCUAAUGAUAUGUUUUAACACUUUGACUUUACUAGACUUAGUGUUACCAUUUGUCAGGUGUAAAUUGUGUAUUGUUAGCUUUCAGUUUGUUACGGCUUGGUGGCUGCAGCCAUCACGUCUGAGACAAAUGAUCACGCUGUUACAGAAGUGUGAGAUUUCAAACUUGAUUUACGAUGUGGAUUCUGGAAUCAUCUAUCGUGGUGACUCUUUAUUCCGAGUGAAAUAUGUUCACGUGAUUGGCACUUUGGUGUUUUGUGUGGCUGGGUGGACCGAGUGGGUUGCCUCCUUACCACUGAGCCAAUUCACACGCGGUCAAUAGGUCGAUUCCUGCCACAGCUGCCCAGUACGAGACAAUUAUUAAGUUCUGUUCUCUUCUGUAAAUUGGACAAUACCACGCGGAAUGAAUAAUUGUGCCAUUGUGUUCCUUUGGUGUCAGCACAUUUAGCUUCAUUUAAAAUCAUUAAAUAAAUUGUGUAAAAUAAGAUCUGUCCCUGCGUGAUCGACCAACUUGAUCUUCAAGUUGCCGAGUUGAGCCAUCACAUCGUCACUCCUCCUUCCAGGUUGACAGUUAAAUCGUAAUGGAAGUGAGACAAUUGGUAAAGUUGGUCGGUUUAUCUCAGUAAAAGGCAAAUGAAAAUGGAACUAAACUAUUUUUUUUAUUUUACCAGGUAAGGCCCACUGAGUUAUAUAGAUAUUUUUCAGAAGCGACCUGACCACAAAUGAUAGCUCAACGAAGUGGCCUAUGUGGAAAUAUAUAGCAGCCAAAUACUAUAAACGCAGGUUUCUAAAUAUGGAGGGGAAAACCCAGAGGAAAAUCCACGUUUCCAAGGGCAGAACAUGCAAACUCAAAAUAUACAGGCGUCAGGGUCGGGAUCGAACCCACGCGCCCCUGUAUACCAGGCGAGGUAGUAAACAUUUCGCCACAGUGGAACGCUCAAUGAUGUCCACACAAUUUUCCAAACGUUUUGGUAAAAACGAUCAUGUGUGGGGCUGAGAUUGUGAAUUGUGUAUCGAGGUCUCGCAAAGCCCAAACACCCUUUAGUAUGCAUCUUCAUCAUCUUCAUGUGAAGGACCCGGUAAAUUAAAUAUCAUUUUAUUUCAUGAUCAAAUUAAAUGGAAAUCCUCCAGCAUCAUACAAACCAAUGACAGCCCACUUAGGGUAAUACCUUGCAAGGUAUACCUGGGUACUGCUGUUAGUUCUGGAGAGUAUACAUUACUGUUGUUAAAAUACUGCAUUAUAAUUUACUUGAGUCAUUUUUAAAUCGUGGAUGUUUCUAAGAUGUGGCACUACAAAGGUUCCGUUCUUAUGAGUCACAUCUGUUGUGUUUAAUACCCACUUAAUAUCUAAUAGCAUCCUUCAUAAUAAUAGUAACAAUAACAUGACCCCAUUGGCCGGCUGUAAUGGAAAUCAAACCUUCGACCACAUCCAAAGUGGUUCAGUGAUGAGUGACAAAACCUCUACAUGCACCAAACUGUUUAAACAACCUCAUAAUCAAGAUUGAUUCUCAUAUCGUUUCAUGUGUAACGGAACCUUGACACCGUCCUCUUUGUCAUGUGGUCCAGCAAGGCACAUUUGUUAGAAAAUGGAUGUUAAAGCGUUUCUGUCCAUAUAAUAAUGCUUCCAAUUAGCAAAUUAAAAAGAAAGACUAGUAAUCUAGAUUUUCUAAAAAUUGCAAUGUUAAUGUUUGACUGGUUGUGGUGUUGCCAACGGGGGACAUUUAUGUGCCCAGUAACUCAUACGUCACAUGGAAAAGAGUCUUAAAUGGUCAAUCCUGGUAAGAGCCAUGAUAAUGAGAGAUGCUUACCUGCUGGACCAAAAUGUAAUACCAUCAUGUUCCUAACCUUGCAGGUUAGUGAAUUUAGAGGUAAAAUUCUAACCAACCGAUAUAACAAACAGAUGUCUGACAUCCCUUAUGUGUGCUUUUCUCUGAGCAUUAUGGGUUCGUCACAAAAAUGAAAAUAUUGACAAAACAUUAUGAGAGGAUCGUGCUGAGAGUCAUGGAUAUUCAGUGAUGGUAAAUAUAAGUGUUGUGCCAUUCAAAAUUAUUAUUCCCAUAAAGCAUUUCAACUUUACACAUUAUUUCUAACUUUAGAUGUAGUUACGCUGUGUUCACUGUACAUCACUCUUUUUGCUGGAUCGGCGCGUCAAAAUAAUACCUCUAAACUUAGAAUAGUCAAACUAAGAUAACCUAUUGAGACCAUUUAAGGGGAUAGUUUGUGGGAAAAGCUACAUGGAUGCUUUUGUUAUAUAUAUUUAGCAUUUUCCCUUUAACAAGUUAGAUACUCUUUCUCAAAAUACCCUCACGGAGUCUUCAAUAUUUUUUAAAUCCUUUAUAUUAAGUUCACUUGCUUGCUUGCUUAGGACCGUGCAAAUCUUUCGGUCGUUUUUUAACCCACUUCCCGUGAUCCAAUCGAGCUGACAUUUUCCACACAGACUCAUUGUGCGUGACAAUUUAUGUUCGUGAAAAAAAAAUCCAAAAUUUUACACUUUUUAGGACAAAAAUAUAUUUAAUUACCAAUUGCUUAAUGCUGCCAUGCAAUCAUCUGACCCAUAGGUGGCAGCCAUCUCAAGCCAGAGGACGAGAGGACUCUAGCCGCCACGCAUAUAAAGGAUUUAUAGUGAAAGACUUUGUUUUUACGGGUUAUACUUGUUCAGUAUGGUCUAAUGUUCCACCAAAACCAAUUUCUUUUUCCAGACACAAACUAUUUUUCAGUAGACUUCUUGUUAUCCACCACUCUUCAUCCACAAUUCUUCCUGCUCACGAGAAUCAACAAGGAUUCAGAGACAAUGCUACUUCUUAAACUCCUCAGUCACGUUACACAGUUUUGCAUGGUUUGCCAUGAUAAACACCACAAAUAACUCAGGAGACAAGCAAGUUUACUGCAGAUGCAUUAUUUCAGUAGUUAAUAUUAAUUAUUAAGCUCAAGAUGCAUACACCCAGUCGCAUGGGUGAGGAUCAAUAUAUUUUUUAUUUUAUGUAGUGGGGGUCACUUGACACUUCCAGCCACAAGAGACCAUUACAUUUACAACAAUGUUAAACAAGAGCAGAUUAUUUCAUUACCCUGAAUAGUGACAAUUCAUUUAAUUGCGUGGGGGGGGGGGGUAUUACACCAUUGUUUUCAACGUAUUUUGUGUGUGCUGGUGUGAGGUUUUGUCAUUUAGUUCUCACUAACCGUACUUGUACAGUUUUAACAAGCUAAGUGGAUGCCCUUCGUCAGUAAGAUGUAAGGCCCACGCAGCUACAAUGUCAAAGAUAAAUGGUCAGAGAUCUGAGCCAUUUCAUGUCCUUCAAGAAGUGCAUUCAUGUUGUCCACUUGCUCCGAUGCUUCUCAAUCUCUUCAUUAUUUGGGGAGGGGGAGUGUCCUUCCAGGCCUAUACAUAUAUAUAGGAUAUAGGAUCUGCUAAUCAGGCUCGGGUACGCCUAGAGAUGAUUCCGGGUCACCCAGUCAAAUGAUGUAACCAAUGGUUUGUGAUUGAAGACCAUGCCGAAAUCCACAACUUCAAUGUAAAUUAUUUUAAAAUACGUUACAUGGAAGUGCUCUAUUUAAAUAAAUAAAAAGCGUCUCAUUUCUCAUCCAAGCUUUGGGCAGGACUCAUCUGUGCUGGAUGCUUAUAGUGAAAAUUCCACAUUCCCAUUUUGGUCACCCAUCUCUCCCGUAGGACAACCCUGGUAGUUUCUGUCAUGCCAGACUUUGCAAACGCGGCCUAUUCAUUCUUGGCCUGGCUCAGGGCUUUACCAAGUCUGUCAUGGAACGCAAAUUGUGGAGAAAAAAGUAGCUGCCUUUGAAUAGCAUGUGCUCUGGAGCGUUGCUGCAUUGUGUGCACACUUGGAUGUUAACAGCCCCUGGAUGUGAUUGCAGGAUAAAACCGGGCAUGUAAUGACGCAUCGAUUUAUCAACUAAAAGUUAGCCCGACGGUCACGAUACAUGCAUCAAAUAAUGCAUGUUCCAAUUGAUCAAUUAUGAUUGAUGACCGAUAUAUACAUGAUAUGCGAAUGUUACAUUUCGAGAAAACUGCAAGGAAAGGAGUGAAAAAACAAGUAAGUUGGUAAACAUGGGACAUAGAAAGUAUGGCUUGAUUUGAAUCAUGACUCUGUAUCGUGACCCCGUAAUUGCAAGAGUUUCUCGAAUCGCUGGGUGGUGAGUUGGUACAUGCUGACAAUACCUUCCAGGUUUAGUAAAAUAUGAAAAAUGGUUCCAAGGCAUCCUUGCAACUUUUCGCUGAGUAGAAACCCCUGAUAAGAGAAUGCCCAUCAGACUGCCCUCUGUAAACUUGCCAGUGCAGUAUUACAUUUCUUUCGAUGGAAUGUGUAGAUUGCAAGGGUGGUGAGGUUUCAUUCAAUAAUUAAUGGUUUCAAUAUUUGAACGCAUCUCGCAAUGCCUGAUGUAAGCACCAAGACUGAAAAGUGAACAAAAAGUAAAAUGGAGCCUAAUGAAGCACUAGAGGUGGGGCUAGUUUUAGGAUUUGUGUCAGUUGGAGGGAUAGUCCUAACAGUAGACUAUUUAGUUAUGGUUAUGAUCAGGGGUGCUAUUACUGGUGGUUGUUUGGCCAGUUGAAGAGAUAGUGUUUUUUAAAGGACAGGGGUAGGGCUAAUAUUUUGUUGGCUUUUGCACUCUCCACUCCCCACUCCCAAGCUGUUUGCCACAUCAUCAAAGGCAAUGUAUAUCCUUUUUGUUCGCUUUUUGGUGUUGGUGUUAGCACUGCCUUACUGUCUCACUCCCGACUGCGAUAUGUGCUGCACGUGGAUCUAAAGGAUGUGAUUGGGUAUUCAGUCUCGCGUGUUUGGCUGGAGUACUUGUGAUGCCCCAUAAGUGGCGGAUGGUGGCCAAACUAAUAUUUUACUGCUUUUUACUGAAACAAAAAAAUAUACCUUUCAAGAAGCAAAAAAAGUAUGACUUUAAUAUCGCUAAUGGCAGUAGCCUCAAUACAUUUAUAUUGAAUGUGUUUUGAAUGUGUGUGUGUUUAGCAACCGAUGUUAUUACACUUGGAGACGUGCAGAUGUAAGCGACGUGAAAAUUGAUUUCGAAAACUUUUUAGAAAAUAUAUUGAAUAGCGGAACACGA